AGCCUUGCUUUCAGACAAGUUUAGUCGAUUCCGAGUUUCUAUCGCGAGUAGGAGGUGAUCAUGUUGGCUGUCAGGAGAGUUUUUUGUGCUAAAGAAUGGACAUUUAGUCGACAUACGACUGCAACAACAAGCGUGUUCUGUACAGUGACAGCACGACCCUACAGACUAGCUAACCAGCGCGUGUCCUUGUCUGUUUUACAUAAGGAAAGAAGCCUUCACACCUCAGCCUGUCUUUCUGGAGCUAAUAAACUGAUGAAGAUGCUGGCCAAAAAAAAGAAGAAACACUGGUACGAAACUCCUCUACGUACCACAAAUUUGAGUCAGUCUGGUUUUCUGAAGCCCCCAAAGCGAAAUGAGGGGGACAGUGUUCGUGUGAGGACUCUAAACAUCAUCAUCUACAAGACAGUGACAGACUUGCUGAGCUCCUAUGAGCUCAACUCCGAGAUCAGUGCCUACAAUGUGGAAAUCUCUAAAGUUUCGCUAACAAGAGAUUUCUCUGCUUGUCGAAUAUACUGGAAGACUAGUUUAUCCGCUGAGCAAGACCGGCAGACUCAGCAGGCUUUAGACAAAUGUGCUCCUCGCAUACGGCAUCUUCUCAUCUCUCACCAACUCAUUGGCAACGUUCCUCCUGUGGUGUUUGUCAGAGAUAAACAAUAUGCUGUUGUCACUGAGAUUGAAAACCUCCUCAAGCAAGCAGAUUUUGGUCCAGCUGAAGAUAACAUAAAUCAUUCAGCCAUCAGUGAUGAACGGGCCAAAUUGCAGCCACUGGAUUCCGGUGAUAAGAAACGACCUGUUUUGUUCGGUGUUGAUCAUGACGCUCUGCACAAACAGAUUGAAGCCUAUAAACGCGAGAAAGGAGCGAGAGACUCGAUCAUAGAGAAUCCUGCUGUAGGAAGACUAACACAAGAGCAGCUGGACAUGCUAGCCGACAUUAGAAAGCAGAAACUCAUAGAGAAAAAGAAACAGAAGUCCAAGCGCAUGAAGGAUGAUGAUAUCAGCCCUAAAGAUUUCCUGUUGUCUAGAAGUCUCGAGAAAGAGGAGCAAGACAACGACGAGGACAGACUGGAAGAAAGCCAGAUCGCAGAGCUGAUGGAGGAGGAUGACCGGAGGCGGUGAAAUCAGUGAAGAAAAAAAAAAAUCACUUGAACUAAUAUUUUAAAGUGUGAUCUGAGUAAUAAAAUUUGAAAGUAUAUAUGUGCAUAUGGUGA